AUGCAAUCUCUCGUUACACUAUUUCAUACAGUAUGGCUUCUCGACUAUGACACCGAGAAUAUCUAUCUAUCUAUCUAUCUAUCUAUCUAUCUAUCUAUCUAUCAGAUAUAUGUCUCAUGUGCGUAUAGACAAAUCGUCUAUCGGAAUGGAGAAUUGAACCAGCUAAUUGAACUCGAGUUUCAAGUGCGGUGGCUUCUUCCCAUUAAUAUUCGACGGACUUACGCACUUACCUUCCAAGGCGCAUUACGGGCGUCCGGCUACCGCGAACGAAGGCCGGCCAACAACUUCGACAAAGUUAGGCACUUAUCUUCUAAGGCGGGCGACGCGCGUCCGGCGACGCUUUUCUUUCUUUCUUUCUUUCUUUCUUUCUUUCUUUCUUUCUUUCUCCGUUUUUCAUUUAUCCCCUUUAUGCUGCACUCCAACUAUUUACUUUUCCUCUCGACUCACACCUCAUUCUUUUUCUUUCUUUUUAUCUCUUUCCCCUCUUCCUCUCCCCUUGAUGGACAAGUGUCACGUGUCCCGGAAGUGAAGCCUAACACUAAGACGGGCACUGAACAUCGCACGACGUCAUCGGCGCAGACCAACACUUAUCAAAAGUCUCUUUCUUUUUCUUUCUUUCUUUCUUUCUUUCUUUCUUUCUUUCUUUCUUUCUUUCUAAAAUUUGUGACAUUUUCAGCAAUUCUUUCUUAUAACUCUAGUGUUCUAUUUAAUUUACAUUUUAAACUAUUUCACAACCUAUCUAUCUAUCUAUCUAUCUAUCUAUCUAUCUAUCUAUCUAUCUAUCUAUCUAUCUUAGUCAUUUCAUUCUUAGUGUUUUGCUUCACUUGUUUCUUUUUUGUAUAA